GUGAAAGCAAACUUGAGGGGGAACAUGGUCGCUUUCAUGCAAAUACAAGGGACACAAAAAGAGGAACAGAUGUGAAAUAAGAAACAAGACAAAUUGUUCAACUAAUUGUGAGGGUAGAUUCACACCGAGACGAGAUUGGCAAAACGGACUACUGUAGUUCCGAAAUAUAUGAUUAUUGAUAGAGAUUUUUGAACUAGAUGAGAGCGGUCGGUCUGUCUAUUCUUCCACUGAAAACUAUUGAACGACUUCUUGUCUCAUCGAAAAUAUCGCCGGAAUCGGUAAAGAGGCAGGCGUUUGUAAGUUUUGAGAUAAAGAUACAGUAGUCUACUUUACGUGGACGAAGAAAUUCAUCUCAGGUUAUUCCGGAAGCAGCUGAAUAGAACGCAGGUAAAUGGAUGCGCUUUCAGUCACUCAUUCAAGUUGGCGAUACAUUCGGAUAAAUAGGCUACGGCAGUUGACCGAUAUUUAGGCUUAUCGUUAUGUUGUAAUGUGCUUGUUUAAUUGUUAUAGAUUUUAACUAGGCUACGUACAAUCCAAUCAUACAAAGAUUUUCCCACACGCAUUGCAUAUUGCCAGUCACUGUAAGCAUCAGCAAGUGAAAGUUGUAACCAUAGAAUUAAGAAUUAGAAUACUAGAAUGGACAUGAACCUUGUUAUGAUCAUAUAAAGGUCAGCAAUGUUGGUCAAGUUGGUCAACCAUGGUUUGCAGUGCUGUAAUAAGAUAUUGUGUAAAAUAAUGCAUUUGAGGAAUUUAUCUGCACUGUAUGUUUGUUAGCAUGCUAUAGUAAGCCAGUUUUAGAGGAAUGAUGCCAUUAAUGGGUCAAAUUAACUGCCAAUAUGCCAACAUUCCAUUCGAACAAUGCAAUCAAUCCACAGCCUAGCAGACUAAACUCCACUUCCGCUAUCCACGGCCAUACACUGGCUGAAACCAGUUGAUGACAGGACUAAGAAAAGUUGUAAAUGCAACAAGUACUGAUAUUGUAUCAUAUAAUAGCACUCACAGCUUUACAAGAACACUGAAGUUGAGACAUUUCUGGUCUGUUUACAUAUAUUUUAGAGACAAUUUAAAGAACACAUGUAAAUAGGUAUAAAACCUGUAUAAACUGUAUGUAUAAUUAUAUGACUAUAUUCUAGGUUGACAAUAAUUCUAUUACACAAUUUCUAAAAUAUCACAUGCCUUACUUUUAUUUUCCUGCUUAAGUAAAAUCAGGAUUAUGCCUCUACUGCAAUUCAUUCAAAUUAGACUGUUUUUGAUUUUUCCCUGACCAAUAUGGCUGCCAUUUUCAUCCCAUUCUGGAACUUUGAGUGUCUAUGACAUAGCCCCUCUAGUAAUUUAACAGGAUAUCUAUGGUUGUAACAAUGUGUCUUCUGUAGUAUGUUCUGUCAACACAGCCACUCAAGGCGUGACUGGCACGCUUGACUCUGGAUGACCACUGUCACAAGUUUAUUCCAAAAAAAAUUGAGAACUGUGAAAACUAGGGUCAUUAGUUGUUUAUUUUCUUCCCUCCAACGAACAGUAUUGUUUGAAGACAGACGAGAUGGGUGACUGGAAUCUCAGCAUUGGGACUUUGAGUGAAGGAGUUCAGAGCAGGUUAGCUGACAUGCUGGAUAAUGCCAAAUGUGGAUGGAGACAACUUGCCAAUGUUGUCACUGAGGAACCUCGAUUCCGCUGCAGGUGAGACUUUGAAAUGAAACAGUCAAUGUUAAUAGCAUUGUCUCAUAAUCAUUAGAGCUAUGAUGUUGAUAAGUAAGUCCGUACCCCAUAUUCUUUACAGAAUAAUCUGUCAUCUAUAUCCAAUGAUAACACUCGAUCUGUAACUUUUUUUAAUAGUGAUGUUGUGAAGCUGUGGAAGUCUUAAUGAUGGCAUAAAGCCAUACAGAGAGAGUGUCAAUGUUUAGCCUGACCUGUCAGUGGUUUGUCACCAUUGAUUGACAGUGAGAAUGAGAUGACCAGCUGUUCGCUCCAGGUGCUCAGCCCGACAGGCAGCCCCAGCCGCUACCUCCUAGAGAGGCUGUCUGAGCGCUCCUGCACCUUGGGCUUCCUGCUGCACUGCCUGAAGAAGAUGGAGCACCAUGAAGCUGUGCAGUACCUCACUGCUAUAGGUCAAUCUUAACCUCUGCCUGCCUGCCUCUCUCUGUCUCUGUCUCUGUCUCUGUCUCUGUCUCUGUCUCUCUCUCUCUCUCUCUCUCUCUCUCUCUCUCUCUCUCCUCUCUCUCUCUCUCUCUCUCUCUCUCUCUCUCUCUCUCUCUCUCUCUCUCUCUCUCUGAUAUUUGCUCAAUUUUAGCAAAACAUCAACACUACAGGUGUCCUCUCAGUCACCUUACUUGGUACCUCAGUCACUGUGUGUGUGCGUGUGUAUAUGUGUGUGUGUGUGUGUGUGUGUAGUGAUGGAGCGGUUUCGGAUCACAGUGCAGCCCCAGGCCCAACAUGCUACAGAGGGAGGCAGGGUUGUGCUGGUCUGUAAGGCCAUUGGUCCUGCAGCUAUGGGCUACCAGUGGUUCAGAGGCAAAGAAGAGGUCAGUCCAUUGCAUGUUACAGUCAUUAUACACUGAGUAUACAAAACAUUAAGAACACCUGCUCUUUCCAUGACAUACUGACCAGGUGAACCCAGGUGAAAGCUAUGAUCCCUUAUUGAUGUCACUUGUUAAAUACAAUUCAAUCAGUGUAGGGGAAGGGGAGGAGAUAGGUUAAAGAAGGAUUUUUAAGCCUUGAGACAAUUGAGACAUGGAUUGUGUAUGUGUGCCAUUCAGAGGGUGAAUGGACAAGACAAAAUAUUUAAGUGCCUUUGAACGGGGUAUGGUAGUAGGUGCCAGGCGCACCGGUUUGUGUCAAGAACUGAAACACUGCUAGGUUUUUCACGCUCAACAGUUUCCUGUCUGUAUCAAGACUGGUCCACCACCAGAAAGACAUCCAGCCAACUUGUUUAAGCGGUGGGGGGUGCGCAACUCAAUAUUAGGAAGGUGUUCCUAAUGUUUGGUAUACUCAGUGUAUACCCAGUGCCCACAUACAGUGUAAAGUGUAUGAGUGAGAUAAUGUAUUCUCUCUUUAGGUGCUGGGUGGAAGUGGUCCAGAGCUGGUCCUUUGCCCUUUAACCCCAUCCCACCAGGGACACUACAUCUGCCGGGUCAACCAUGGAGAGAACUUCAUCUUCUCCCAGUGGGCACAUGUCCGCUUGGUCAGGUCAGCUGGCUCCAGUGCAGGUAACUCAAUUGAACUAUAUUUUCAAAUAUAGUUCAAUCAGUAGAACUAAUGUAGUCAAUGCAACGAUGGUAUUAGAACAUACGUGGCAGUACAGAUCGUCUUGGCAUUUAGGCUCUGCCCUUCCUGAAUUCAUCACAUUGACUUCACCUUGCAUUCUUUGUGUCAUAACCAUCAGGCCCCUUGGUUGUGUUUCAGGUGUCAGUAGCAACUUCUUCCCCCCCUCAGUGAGUGGAGUGCGUAUUGUCCGUCAGCCCCGGCCCCAGGCAGUAGCUGAGGGGGACUCCUUGUGUCUGGACUGCUUUGCUGAGGCCAACCCUCCUCCUCAGUACCAGUGGUACCACAAUAAACAACCAAUGCCAACAUGCAAGAUAAGCGCCCUGAGGGUCAGUGUAGUUUUGGGUCCCCUGAAUAUAUGAUAACUGACUUUUUUUUUUUUACUAUAUGUUUAAAAAGCCUGUAUCAUAAUUAUAGGUCCCAUUCUAUCAGCCAUCUUGGAAUUGUAGGUGUCUGUGCGUUGGCUGUAUAUGAUUGUCAUGUUUGGGGUUGGUAUGUGUCGUGGUUGUCUGCAGAUACCGCGUGUGACCACAGCAGACAGAGGAAACUACAGCUGCAGGGUGUUCAACCUGUACCACGAGGUGUGGAGCGACCAAGUCCAUGUCAAAAUAGGUGAGAGUGGUGCAUCUGCAAUGAUUGUAUUUUCUGCUAUUUCUGUUCUCUGGUCAGACUUUAAUUACAUAUCUUUUAUGUUUCCUUUUUAGUGUUGGCUUAAUUGUGAGGGUUCAUGCAGAAGUGGUAUUUCUAGUUCUAUGAAUAUGUUUUGAUUGUCCCGGAAAGCACAUGACACGGUGCUUUGACUGACUUCCUUGUUUGUGGUAUUUGUAGACCCUGGUUCCUCCAUUGAUGCUUCCUGGGCAGAAGUAGACCAUGGUACAGACAUGAUAGUAUUUUAACCACCUUCACUGUUUUACUACUCCGUGUUGCACCUGUUUUUUUUGGUGGUAAUGUGAUUAAUUCAUAAAGAUGUUAUCAACAAUGUUUUACAGCUAUCAUACCUAGCCCUGCCAGGCAGAUAAGUAAAUUAUAUGGUAAGUGCAAUAAACAACAUAGCCAUCUAAAAGAAGAUGCAGUGUAGAAAAAAAGCUUUAUAAACAUAAAUUACUGUAUAUGAUUGUCCCAUUUGAAUAACAUUAAUAACAGAAUAUUUCUGAUAUGUACCCUUUUUCCUCAUACCUUGAUUUCCUCUUGUUUGUCAUAGCCACAGACAAGGUGGCCCUUCUGAUGGGCAACAUGAACUACUUGCACCACAGGCCACUGCGAGCGCCCAUGGCUGACGUGCACGAGAUGACCAACCUGCUGCGCCAGCUAGACUUCAAGGUGGUUUCUCUGCUGGACCUCAACUGGCAGGAGAUGCACAGCGCUGUUACUGAGUUCCUACUGCUGCUCGACCGCGGUGUCUAUGGUCAGUUUAGUUACUAUAAGAUAUCAGAGUAGUUAAAUAGUAAUAUUAUAUGCAUUGUCCAGCUGUGUCUAAUAGUGUCUAUCUCUUUCUCGUUCCUCCUCUCCCGUCAUGUUCCAGGGCUUCUGUACUUUGCGGGUCAUGGUUAUGAGAACUAUGGGAACAGUUUCAUGGUGCCCAUUGAUGCCCCGGCUUCUUAUACCUCAGAGAACUGCCUGUGGGUGCAGGAUGUGCUACAGCGGAUGCAGGAGCGAGAGACGGGCCUCAAUGUCUUUCUAUUGGACAUGUGUCGCAAAAGGUACAGUUCUCAGAAUCAACUAUUUGAUUGGGCUCUACGAUAAUGUAAUAAUGAUAUUGCUGUUGUGAUGUUGUAAAUUAAUGAAUAUCUGUACUAAACUUGUACUGUCUUAGAAACUUGAACGAUGGCGUCCCUCCACAGCCAGGGCAACUGAAAGUGACCGCAAACAUAGUGUUUGGUUAUGCCACGUGAGUUGCUUCUCUGCCACCUUAAAGUACCUCUUUCAGUCAUACACGUAUCACAGAAUGUGUUAUAUUAAUCUCUGGUUAUGUCUAGGUGUGUGGAUGCAGAGGCUUUUGAGGUGAACAAAGACGACCUGUCCAAUGGAAUCUUCAUCAGUUUCCUCAAACAGAGAGUCAUGGAGGACGAGAAGGUCACUGUCAUGCUGGACAGGGUGGCCGAAGGUAUGACUAUGACUAAUGAAGUAAAAAAAUAUAUAUAUAUUUUGAAGUAUAGUGACACUUGAUAUCAUGAAUAUCAAUCUUUACAAAUGACUGUUAAUGUAGUUUCUCUGUUUUGUUCAUGUAUCUGUACAGACAUGGGUCGGUGUGAGAUCACACGAGGGCGGCAGGCUCUAGAGUUACGCAGUAAUCUUUCUGAGCGACGUGCGCUCACUGACCGCAUCCAGAGCUCCGGCUGCCCAGAGACCACCUCAGCACGCAACCUGCAGUGGGCCAUAGCACAUGGUGAGUCCUUUGGCUUAUUCACCAUGCAUUCUUCAAUCAAGGUACAUUAGUGGAGUGACCAACUGGGUUUUGAACCCAGGUCAUCUGUGUGACAUUAUCCCUCUGAGCUAAAUCCAAUGCAUUAGCUCUGGGAGCUGAUAUGCGUUUUCUGGUAGACCUAAGUAAGCACUGCAUGACGGCUUCAAUAAGCAUUAGCUGUCUUUUUCCAGUUCUUCCAAAGAGCCGUAACCUGCAGUUUGACUGUGGCGUGAAGGUGCAGCUGGGCUUCGCAGCAGAAUUCUCCAACAUCAUGAUCAUCUACACCCGAAUAUUGGAGAAGCCCAAGGACAUUGCGUCCUGCUCUGCCCAACUCACAGACUUCACUGAGGUUAGCUGGUCCAUUGUCACAAUGUCUUAAUAUGUUCAAUAGUCUUCAACUGCAGCACAAUCAGGGUUGGUGACUCUUUAUUAAACAUUUAACAGUAAUAUGUUUCUGUCAUGUGGACAUGCAAUCAUACUUGUUCCUGUUUCCAAUUGUGUUCUGUAUGAUGGCAGGGUUUGGAUCUGGAUCUGAAGAUGAGUAAUCAGGAGAACCUCCUAGAUGCAGGGAGUUUACUGCCAAUGGAGAUCCUCCUGCCUGCAGAGCUUCCAGGCCUCUACACCCGCCUGAAGGGACUGCAGAGACUCAAGGUCAGGGUUCAAAUGACACACUGACUAUCAUGGGUGGCCCAAAACAGUGGGACCAGUGUUGGUAUUCGAACUCUAAAUCAGAUAUCAUUGUUACCAGUUUUGUUUUGGGAUAUGGGAGAGCCCAGAAAUCCUGUAAGAACCUUGCUCUAGGGGAUUGUGGAUCCCUUCUCUGCGUAGGCCUAUGAGUUAUGUGACUAUCACCUUUUUCUGAGCUCUGACGAAUCUGCCUUUGCUUGUUCUCAUUACAGAAGGAGCUGACAUUCACUGUGUGCCUUCAGUAUCAGUAUACGAACUUGGAUGAGGAGGUCCAUGAGAGGCAAACUGUCACUGUGGGCAAACCACUGGUAUCCAAACUCAAUCUCCACGAACCUCGGCUUCCCCGCUCCUACUCGGCCUCCUCCUCAUUCGACCUUCACUCCUUCAGCCAUUCCUCCUCCUUCCCAGAGGGCUUUGGGCCAAGCUUCCCUGCCUCAGAGACUUCCUCCGUUGGCUCAGCCUCCACCACCUGGUCAUAUUACUCACAGCCAGGAGUGUCUGACACCCCGUCUUCCCUCGGGAAGUUAAAUCUACCGGUGGAGGAUGACAGUCCAGAGUUGUUUGAUUCUGACGCCCCUCAGCCUCUCACCACAAGCAAAAGCCUGCCUCAUGGUCAAGUAGAGGACCUCACAUAUCGAUUCAGUAACAUGCACAACUUCCAUUCAUGUUAGUCCUGUCAAUUUGCAGAGUUGUAAGACCCAUUGUGUUUUGUCUACAGACCUACAUAUUAACUUAUAGUGCAACUUACUUUACAACAAAUUGAUCCCAUGACCUGCAUUGUUUAUAUGUUAAAGAAUAUGUAGAGAAAAACUGAUGUAAUCUCGUUUUUGUAGCUCAUGUUAUGAAAAUAUAGUUUCUUAAAGCAUAUCCAUUUGGGCAUGCUGUUAAUACAUUUCUUUCACAUGGUGGAUUGAGCUAGUUUACUUCUUUUUUAACAAACAUAAAUAACUUACUAAAAUGUGUUUGAACAUUUUGAUUCUGGCCCCUCAAAUACUGUACACAAAAGACAACCAGUUUAGGCUGGGAUAUGUUUAUUAUCCUGUCAGAGCCUUUAUGUACAGGCCUUUGCAGUGUAAGAGAUGUAAAAUGUUUGGACGUAAAACGUGUCUGCAGACAGAAGGAGCCGAGAUGUGGAACGUGUGGGGAAAAUCACUUUGAUGGAGACUGUAUAGCAGAAGAGAAUUGCAAAGGAAUAAAGUGUUGUAACUGUGGUGAUGAGACAACAUCCUUGGAAUGCCCAAAUAUGGUGAAAGAGGUGGAGGUGGCCAAAAUCAGGGCAGUUCAGUCUGUCUUCUAUGCGGAAGGCGCUAUAAAGGGUUGAAAGAGCAAAAGGUCUGACACUGCAACAUGCACCGAGGCCUGCAUGU